AUGCUAAUUCUCUUGGCAUUGUUUCCCUGUUCAGUGUGUCGAGACUUCGCUGUUCUGGAAGAUCAUACCUUGGCUCAUAACUUACAGGAGCAAGAAAUUGAGCAUCACUUGGCAACCAAUGUUCAGCGUAAUCGUCUGGUGCAACAUGACUUGCAGGUGGCCAAGCAACUGCAAGAAGAGGAGGAUCUGAAAGCACGUGCUCAAAUCCAAAAACACCGAAAAGACCUAGAACGACAGGACUGCGAGAUCGCUCAGGAAAUCCAAGUGAAGCUGGUAUUUGAAGCAGAGCAGCGCCGCAGGCAAGAGGAAAAAGACGAGGACAUUGCCCGUCUCCUACAACAGAAAGAACUGCAGGAAGAAAAAAAGCGCAAGAAGCACUACCCAGAAUCCCAGGGACACCCAGUCUAUGAAGAUAGCUAUUAUGCAGAAAACGGAGGCAUUAAGUUGAGGGGGUCAAAGCAAGCCAUGUAUGAAGCACCCCGAAGGGAACAGGAGUUGUCUGAUGCAGAGAUUGCUCGGAAGUUGCAGGAGGAAGAGCUCCUGGCUAAUGAGGCUGAUCAGAAGGCUGCUCAAGUAGCCCAAGAUGAGGAAAUUGCCCGACUCUUGAUGGCUGAGGAGAAAAAGGCUUUAAAGAAAGGGAAGGAGAGAGAAAAGUCUUCCUUUGAAAAGAGAAGGCACGAUCAAGACUGGAAGCAUGAUGCAAGCGAGUCCACACGCUCAAGGUCAAAAGAAGGGCCUGAAACUCAGCGACACAAAGGUGACAGGUCUUCAAGGUCGCAGCCUCUCCUCGAUGAUGCUCGGUAUUACACAAGCCAGCCCAGCCCCUUGCGCCAGAUCCCCAAACCUGAGCACUCUCCUAAAGGUUCCCGUCGGAAGCACUAAACUGUGCUAGCCUUUGCUUUGGUACUGACUCUUCUGUAGCAAACAUUACUGGAAUUGCCAGGCAACUUUCUCAAUUCCUUACCCAAUGGGGUAUCCACCCUCCACUCCCAGGAUCUCUUCUUUUUAAGUGUCAUCUUAUUAAUAAGGAGCAUUUUUCGUUUUAAUUUCUUUCUCAUAUGUGAUCACUUAAGCAGUUCAGUAUAAUCUAGCUGCCACUGAGCUGUGUGAAUCAACUAGCUGACUUAACAGCUUUCUCUUACAUUCUUUUGAGGCUUUCCUUUUAUUUUUAUUUUUAAGCUUUGACUGGAGCUGUGACAAGUAGGACAAAUAGAGAUGCAUGUACAACAAGGAGGAAAAUCCAAGAAAUGAAUUGGGUUAAGGCAAUGACAAAAUACAAGUCUUUUCCAUAUUAUGAUGACUUAGCAAAGAGAGUUAUAAGAGGAAACAUGUUUCUUCCUGUGCUGGGUAAGACAGCUGAGCCAACCUGACAGACAGCUUGCAGGAAGGGAGAGAGCAUCUUCGUAAAGUACACCAGCAAAAGCCAGAACCUUGCCCUGGUGAGGAAGAAAUUGUCUGUAGAACAGAAUUUCUUAACUGCUGUAUUUCUUUUUAGGGUUUCCAGCAAUCUGGGUAGAGUGUGUAACCAGGCAUUUAGCUCCAGGGUAUAGAAUAGAACAGUUAAAAGGAAAGACAAUUUCAACGGAAACUAGACCUUGUGUGCAUGACUUUUAAGAUGUGCCAGGGAGUUGAUGAAGCUGUGAGUUGUGGAUUGGGAAGAAUCAUACAAACAGAUUUAAAUGCCUGAAGGGAGCUCUGUGGUCACCUGCUUUGAGCUUCAGUGUGGUAGAAGCCAAGGAAUUUCACUGAAGCCAAGUAGUAAAUACUGUAACUCUUAGCUCAGUUGCUGAUGCACUUCAGUACAGUAUCUUGUGUCUGAACCUGCAUGUGUCUUGGAGACAUGGGUCUGAAGGAGGGCCUUAUGGGCAUUGACCAUCAAAUCCAAAACGUACAGUUACAGGCAACUUUGGACUAGAAACAGAGUGCCAAACAGUCCACACAAUGUCUGUGCAGACUGCUUCCCCUCUACACUGCUCCGUCCAGCAGCCCAGGCAGACUCCAGUUAGGAUAAAACUUGUUCCUCUCCAGGAUCUGCAGGUUUAAGUUGUCUAUAUAGAUUUGUCCAUGCAGUUGUUUUUGGUUUUGUUUUUUUUUUUAAUUUUUAUUUUUCCUUUCAAUGGCUUAUUUUCCCUCCACUCUAUGAAAAUCAUUCUUCUCUUGCACAAACAAGUAGCCUUUUCCCUUGGCCUCCUGUCGUUUAAAUUCUUUUGCCUUUUUUAAUUUUUUUUUGAGGUGUGUUUUUAAACUACAAAGCUGAGCAUCUGACUUGGAGUCUGUUCAGCCAGUACAACGUAGCUAGUUAUUCAUUUGCCAGUCCAGUUCAUGGCAGCAAGCCUGGCCGCUUUGCCCCUGCAGCCCCUUAUGCCCAGUGGAGUCUGUCCCACCACACUGUCUCCCGCUGGCAGCUGCAAUUCUGCUGCUGGCUUUGCUGAGGAGGGGAGGCAGAGCUGUGACUGUGCUUGCCCUUGCUACCAGUCUGCCUCGGAAAGGAGCCUUGACAGCUCCGUAGAGCUUUGUGGAGAGCACAUGCUGGUGUGGAGCACCGAUAAGAAAUUGGAAGAGAUCAUGGCUCUCUGCUCUUUCACUAAUGCACAGUUCAAGUGCCAAGACAGCUGUGAGGCUUUAACCUUGGAUGUUGUCCUUGGUCAGGACAGUUGCCGAGGCAAAUCACUAGGAAGAUAAGGCAACUCCUUUUUCAUGAAGUUUCAAGGGCAUAUUUAAUACCAUAGCACAAGCCCAUGCCUUGCCUUGACCAACAACUCAAGAAAGUUCCAUCUCCUACCCCCACUGGCCUGUUGGCAGCAAUUCACGAUCUGUGAAGAACCAGAUAACCCCUGAUAGACCUCUGCUCUGCCUCUGCUCCAGGCAUACCCUAGCCAAAAAUCUUGUAACAUAGGACUUUGUAGCAUCCUGCUAGCUGUGUACCGUUGCUUCCAGACUGUGAGCUUGCUCACCUGCAUGAACCCUUGAGUGACUUGCAAGGUCUUGCUUGCUGCUGCUUCUCAGGAAAUAUCCCAGCCAGCAGCUAGAUUUUACUGUCCUUGCCUUGUUCCCUCUUCUCGUUCCAUCUCUGUCCAUUCAGAAGAGUUAAUGUUGUUUUAAAGGAUCUGGAAAAGGAACAACAUAGACCCUAUUUUCUUUCUUUUUUAUUUGAUAACUUGGGCCAAUGUGGCAACCUCAUCUGCAAAGACUUUAUUUUUUAAAAAUUUAUUUUUAUAUUUCAUGUAACAGUCAAAAUUUCUGCUGCUGAAAAUGCCAUUUUUUUUUUCUGUGGGUUUUUCCCCUCCCUUGCCAUCAGAAUAUUUAUUGUUGUGACAUGAAUGCCUGGAGGGGUUUUAUGAACUAAUACUUUCUGCAGACACCCCAGUUCAGGCCCUGCUGGUUGUAUCAUCAGGUGCCCUUGCGAAAAACUGGAUGGGGAAAAGUCAUGCCAAAUCAGAAAGUGGUUUUGCUUUGUACUUGCUGUGCAGGGGAUAAAAACGGUGACCCUCUGCAAAGGGCAAGGGGAAAUCACUAACUAGGAAUUCAGCCUUCCCAGGGCCUCUGUAGCUGGCUGUGACAGGCUUUCUUGCAGUGCAGUUGGCUGAUGUAACUUCUGUCUUACCCUAAUAGAAAAGUCAUGAAGGUCCUGAGCCCAGUGACAUUUGGAAAAGCUAUUAAUUCAGGAGGGAUGCUUGGGAGUAUCCAAGUUCUUGACUUCAGUGGGAGUGUGUGGAAAUAAUACAAGAGAAAACUCCAGUUGGUUUUAUUUGGAAGCUGGGUAAAGUCUAAAGAACACCUCAGUGCCUGCUCUGUGGAGCUGCAGGAUCUCCACAACGGCCUCCUCAGGUCAGCCAGCAUCUCCAGCCAUGGCAAGAGAUGAGAGCCCAAGGGAGGGAUCCCAGGAGCACCUGCUGCUUCCUUGGAUACCUUCAGGGAGUACUGAAUGCUUUAUGGGCUCUCUUAGUCCUUACCUUUUUUUUUUUCUCACUCCCUACCUCUGUUCAUUUGCUGUCACUUGUGUUUCUCCUGUUUUAUUUUUCCAUAGCCCUUGUGAAAAGGGUGGCCCUAACGUUCGUUGUGUUAGAAGGGGCUGACACCUAUUGAGAGAGAAGGAAAUGCUAGGAAUGGUAGCUGAGGAAAGCAUGUACUAAAUGGGGUAUAAACAGAGCAAUUGUUCAUCUAAUACAUCUUGUGGGCCUCAUGUAGGUCAGAGACUUCUGAGACAAAAGUUGCGUCAGGGCUCGCAUGUUUAGUAACCACCAGAAGGAGGUUCCAUGGCCCCAUUGAAGUCAGUAAGUUAAUGCCAUGGUUGAACAAGGAGCCAACUCCUCUUGGGGCUCAGCAGCUGCAGUUCUGUUGAGAGUCAAGAAGAUGCAGCUUGUGUAGGUGAGAUGCAAAAUCAGCACAUUGCACGUGUGUCCCUGGGAAGAGGCACAAUGAAAUUGAUCUUUUUGAAAGAAACAAUCAGCAAUAUUUCCUUUCUGUGACAGAAAAACAUUUAAGUAACUGUUUUUUCCUUGUCUUUUCUUGCCAAGUUUUAGUAGCUUUGCGUGUGGGUUUGUUCUGGAUUUAAUAGCAUGUUGGAGCCCUUGCUGGGACCCCUGACCAGGUCAUUCAGGUCUUGGAUCCCUUUCUGACUCUGUGCAUUAAAGGCAACAGGCACCGUGUGGACAAUUCUUCACCAUAAAAUCCUGGCACUUCCUUAUCUUCAUAGUAGGCACAUCUCACCAGCAAGAGCUCUCGCCACCUCCUCGCCUCCGUCCGAAGCACAAUGGUCUGCAAAAGAGAGGUCGGGUGAACCGGAGUGAUUGUGCCUUACAUGCAGGGAUACUCGAUGUCUUCAGCAGGCUGAUCUGAGUCACCUUGCGAUGAAACAGUGUCUUAAUGUGGACUGUACAGCUUCCUGCAGUGAGAAGCAGUUAUCACAUGGAUAGAUCUGACAGGUUAAUCUCGCCUUUUUUUAAAGAACUUCAUGGUUUUGAAAUUAGUGGGGAGGGAAAUACCAGUUGUUAGGGGAUAGAUGAAGUCUCAUCAUUGAAUUUCUCCUCUUGGGGAGGAAGCACAGAAGUUACAAAUGCUGCAGUCUGCUUCACUCUGUAAAAGGGAUCUUGUAUGUACAGUAUUUUUAUAUCUCUGCAUUCUCACCUGUCAGAAUUGGAAUCAGGAUUGAUAACAUUCUCUUACUUGGGGGGGAAAAAAAGGAUUUUUAUUUUUACAGUGCUAGACCUUUGUACGUUUUUAUUUUGUGCCAAAUUACAGCCACUGUUACAUUCUAUUGUGUUCAUUCAGUUUAUUGCUAUUGAUCAAUGUGUAUAUUAUAUAUAUUUUUAUUAUUAAGGUUUUUAUUUUAAUUCAUAUUAACCUGUAUGCAAACUAACUGUGGAUUGCUAAUUUAUAUAUAAAGGGGAGCACUUGGAGACAGUGUGAGGAUUCCCCUACUUAGUUUACACUCUUGUAAUCUAGCACAGCCAGUCCAUGAAACUCAUGGCUGCUUACACAGAAUGAUCUCCUGGGUGUCUGUCACCCUGAGCAGAUUGCUCUUGCUGUUUCUCACGGCAGCCCUGGCACUGCAAAGCUAUGUUAGAUGCAAUAUGAAAUGAAGCACAGCUCGUAGCAUGGACUGAUGGGUGACUGAGCUCUUUGCUGUCCUGCUUCUGGCCCUGAUGCCAGGGUGGGGGCUGGAGCAGGAAUUCCCAUCUGGGGGUGACUUUGAGGUUUACUCUGUCCUGUAUCCGUCCCCAGCCAACGGGCAGUUGGUUUUGCUCCAUUCUCUCAAGAUGCUCAGUGCUUAGUUUUGCAGUUGGUUUGGGAGGUGGGUGUGGGAUAUAGUGCUCUGAGGCACAAUGGUGUCCCUCGCGUGAAGUAUACCACAGGCAGCUUGUCUUUCUUUGGGUUUUGUUUCGUUGCAGAAGGCAGGUGUAAGCCUACAGAAAUCCCAGUUGACUGUACUCUGUAAACAUGUGCCAUAGCAUGUUUCUGGCUGCGUAGCACUGCUGUGGAGGUUCCAGCUAUGCUGCACACAAGUGCUGCUUGGACUGCUAUGCUCAGGACAGGCUGCAGGACAGGUUUUGUGUUGGGAAGCUGCACUGCCCUCAGCUUCUGUGCUGGAAAUAUCAUCAGCCACCUCCUCCCCCUGAGUAGCACAGGGCAAGGUUUAGCUCUGCAGUUUGGGCUCUUCCAGGAGAGUCCCACAGAGGACGGUGGCACACACAAAUGAGUACUUUCUACUUCACGAUAAACAAGUUCCACUGUAUCAGUGUUCACUCAAAGUAGACUCCACAGUGUGUCUCCAUCUGCAUCUGUGCACUGCAAUAUAGUUAAUUGCCUCGGAGAAAAAAACUGCAGUUGUCUCAUCUAGCUCUUCAGGGUAAACUUUUUCAGCCUGUUGAAUCUAAAUAUUAGCCAUGCGAUGAGAUGGAUUAGUCAGAAGGCUUAAAUUCCUCAGAGCUGCAUGUGUACCCUGCAUUGCAACAGCUAAUUCUGAAAUAUAAAUUGCGCACUGACAAUAAUCUGUCUAUGCAAGCCUAUUUUUUUUCUUAUUUUUGACUGUUGACUCUCUGAUUUUUACAAGGUUUGGCAUAGAACUUCUGAAUGACAUUUAACCAAAGUAUCAUGUCCAUGUGUGUGUAUAGCAUGUUUUGCUUCAUACUCCAGAAUUUUCAUUGAAUGUAAAGGGAACAUUGCCUUGCCCCAUUUUGUUCAAUAAACCGCUGUAUUUUGUUAUCCACCACAUCCUUCUGUCCCUCCGUGUGCUUUUCUGGAAACACUGAAGUGGGUUACACAAGAGCAGGAGAAAACAACGCUUCGUUCCACCCUUGGCUCCUGGAGCUCAGCUGCUUCUACCAGUAAUUAUGUUCUUCCAAUGUAAUAGAUGUAGCAAAACAACAAAUUUAUAUUUAAUUUGAUUAUUUUGUGGCCAGAGAGAUGGAAAAAAAAAAGCUGUGUACUAUCUUGGAAAGGAUCUGGACUGUUUCAUUUCCUGAGACUGUGAUACUGAAAAAUAAAGCAGUGUAAUUGUUUGCAAG